AUGCUUGGAUCUAAGAUUGUUCAGCAGACUACCGAGAAGAUCAAGAUGCUUCACGAUAAGAUGAAAUCUUUGGAGAGUCUCCAUAAGAGUUAUCAUGAUAAGAGGAGGAAAAAACUUGAGUUCCAAGAGGGAAAUCAUGUGUUUUUUAAAGUUACUCCGCUAAUUGGUGUUGGUCGAGCUUUGAAAUCUAGAAAGCUCACGCCACAUUUUAUUGUCCAUUAUCAGAUUAUGAAGCAAGUAGGAGAAGUGACCUACAAGGUGGAUUUGCCGCCAAUUCUUUUGAAUCUUCAUGAUUUAUUUCAUGUGUCUCAGCUGAGGAAGGAUAUUCAUGAUCGGUCUCAUAUGAUUCAAAUGGACGAUGUGCAAGUUAGAGAGAACUUGACCAUUGAGACAUGUCCCUUGAGAUUAGAGGACUGCAAAGUGAAGCACUUUAAAGGAAAGGAGAUUGCACUGAUGAAGGUGGUGUGGGGAAGACCUACUAGUGGAAGCAUGAUGUGGGAGCAGGAGAGUCAGAUGAAAGAGUCGUAUCCGACUCUGUUUCCUCUAGGUAAUUUUUGA